CUUGCGCCUCCUGAUUCAUUCUUUUUCAUUAACCACAGAGGCACUGCCACUGCGUGCCGCCAUGCCUUCGUCCAUCAGAAAUGGCAAUGCUGGGCAUGCGGCGGAGCUCCGAAGGAAGGACCGGACAUGGCAGAUGCGCAAGUACCUCCUGCUACUCGCCAUCCUGGUGGCGACGGUGACCUACGUGGCCGGUAUGGACCCGCCGGGCGGCGUGUGGCUGGAGACCGAGGACGGCCACCGCGCCGGCGACCCGAUCCUGCCCGACACCCGACCCAUCCGGUACAGGGUGUUCUACCACGUGAACGCCACGGCGUUCGCGGCGUCGCUCGUGAUCAUCGUCCUCCUGCUGUUCCUGAGGAAGGACGCCAUGCGCAUGCUGCUGGCCGUGCGUGUCGCCAUGGUGCUCGACCUGGUCUGCCUCAUGCUGGCCUACGUCACCGGCGCCUGCAGGGGCUCUGCCAUCACCGUCGUCGCCUCCGCACUCAGCGCCGCCGUCAUCCUGCUCGUCCUGGUGGCCAUAUGGCUGCAACAUUACGCGAAGGAGAAGGCGGCGGCCGGGACCCAGCUGAAAAGCAGCGGAGGCAGGCACCUCCACCGCGAGGGGCGCAAGAUCCUGAUGCUUGUCUCCAUCUUCGCGACGACGGCCACGUACACGGCGGGGCUGAGCCCGCCGGGUGGCUUCUGGGAGCAUGGCCAUGGCCACCGCGCCGGAGACCCCAUCCUGCUGGAGCGCCACGCGCGGUGCUUCUUGGCGUUCUUGGUCUGCAACACCACUGCCUUCGCCGCGUCUCUCGUCACCAUGACGCUGCUCCUGAGCAGGCAGCUUUCCAAGGUCAGCGGGCACCUCAGCGCACCGUACGUGUGCGUCGCCGUGGCGCUCAUCGGCCUGCUGGGGGCCUACGCGGCCGGGAGCUGCAGGGAGACGGACACCGCCGUCGCCAUCUACGUCCUCUGUUUGGUCGGUGCUGUUCUCGUGUGCAUAUCCAUCAUCGCCUACCUCGAGAACCAGUGCACACUGGCAUCACAAGCUCCUGAUCACGGGGAAGGACCACCACCGGAAGGAUCGUCGGGAAACGGUGUCGCCGAUACGAAUCCACUGGACAAGGCUCGGUCUCUGAUCCUGCUCCUUGCCACUCUGACGGUGACCGUCACGUACCAAGCUGGUCUCAACCCACCCGGCGGUGUCUGGAAGGAGAACGGCGACGGGCACGUCAGCGGCGGCCUGAUCCUCCUCGAGACGCACACGCGGCGGUACAAGGCCUUCUUCUACUGCAACUCGGCUGCCUUCGUGGCGUCCAUCGUCGUCUUCAUCAUGGUGCAGAGCACGUCACUGGUCAGCCAUGGUGUCCGAUCACACGCGCUGGAAGCCGCCGUCCUUCUGGACCUGUUGGCGCUCGUGGGAGCGUACGGCGCCGGGAGCUGCCGGGAUGUGCGCACCUCCAUCUAUGUCUUCGCCUUGGCCGCUGUCGUCUUUGUGUACGUGGUGAUCCAUGUUGUGAUCGAAAAGUCUUCUUCUGAUUCUUCUACGGCGACGACGACGGUGAACAAGGAGGAGGUCGAGCUGGAGAAGAAGCGGAAGCUGCUGUUGCUCCUUGCAAUCUUGGUCGUCACCAUCACCUACCAAGCCGGGCUGACUCCGCCCGGCAAGUUCUGGCUGGAGCACGGCUCCGGCGACGAAGCGCACAAAGUGGGCGAUCCGGUCAUGGCCGACAACUACCCGAGGCGGUACAAGGCCUUCUUCUACAGCAACUCCACAAGCUUCAUGGUGUCCGUUGCCGUCACCGUCUUCCUGCUGAGCCGCAACCUGUCCAAUACAGGCAAAAGAUACUGGACGGCGCUCUAUUUCUGCAUGGGCGCCAGCUUCAUCGGCCUCAUGUGCGCCUACACUGCCAGCACCAUGCUGACGGUGCGGGCGUCGUCCAUCUUCGUCGUCGCCUUGGUCGGCGUGGUGCUCGUCUUCACAGGCCUGCACGCCAUCCUCCACCGUCGCAACGUCCCGAGGUGGAUUUCGCGGUGGUGGUUUUGCUGCCCAUCGGACAAACACAGCAAGGCAGAGACCGGGAACGGGGACUCCAAAUCCAAGCACUCCGGCAACGUCGAGUACCGUGAGCGGUACAGGAUGUGCAAGUACCUGAUGCUGCUGGGGAUCCUGGCGGCGAGCGUGACGUACCAGGCCGGCUUGACCCCGCCGGGCGGCGUUUGGCCGGCCGACGGUAGCCGGCACGGCGCCGCAGGCGACCCAGUCCUCCGCGACACCGACACACGCCGGUACCGCAUGUUCUUCUACAGCAACUCGGCGUCCUUCGUGGCAUCCGUCGUCGUCAUCGUGGUGGUGCCGCUGCUGAUGCAGGGGGCGCUGCCGGUGGCCGGCUUGCCUAUGCCUGUCGGGGCCAUGUACACGGUGGUCGUGCUUGACCUGCUUGGCCUCCUACUGGCUUACGCCACCGGCAGCAGCAGGGACUGGGCCACGUCCUGGUACGUGCUCGCCAUGGCCGCCACCGUGCUGGCCUACGUCGCCAUUUACAAGGUUUUGUCCUCCCGCGGGCACGGCGGUGGGAAUUCUCGCCAGCAGCCGGAUCUGCAGCAACUGCCGAUUCGUCGAGUAACUGAAAUUUAACAAAAUUCCAGUCACUUUUCUUCUCGUUUAGCUUAGUGUUAAUAAAUGAAGAUAAUUAAACACUCUCUUCUUUGUGUCAACCCUUUAACAUUUAUAUGAUUAUGAUUAAUGUCCAUGCUAUCUUCUCCUCUAUUUUGUUCUUUUUUUAUCGUUAUUGUUGUGGGUUUUUUUUGCCUGCACAACAUCCAUUUAGUCUGCAUAACAGACGCACACUUAAAUAGUAAACGUUGUUGGCUAGUGAUUAUUACGAACAUAAGGUUGAUACAUGGCAUUGUGUGCCGAGUUUGUGAUGAGUGAUUGUCGGAGAUGAUCAACUUUAUUUGAGUUUAGAGACUAACCAUUUGCGCGAGUAUGUGUGCAACAUGUCUUUUCUCUAUGUUGAUGUGCAGAUGUAGAGCUCAGAGAUGGUCGGCGAAUAUGGUGAAGGUCAAGUAGACACGUAUCGUGCCGAUGGAUUAGGAGCAGAGAAGGACUGAUAUGAGGCUUCGACCGAGGGACCAAGUUGGCCGAAAGACUUACUGUGGUGGGUGACACUUAGGGACAUCAACAAGCAAGAGGACAUGUAAAGGAGUAGACCAUAUUGACCAAGUAAAGAUGGAGAUUGACCAAGUCAAGUGAGGACACUGGAGGACUUGGUGAUCGGAUGGUCAAGGACGACAGUGACACGUGGGGAGAGGGAGUGGAGGUGUACUGGAUACACUUCUCUAGUGUGUUUGGUGGUUUCAUCCUAAAAACUAUCAGAGGAAAGUUUGGUGGUUUAGCCCUUAAAACCAUUGAAAGAUGCCUUAGUGGUUUUGGCCUCAAAAUCAGACAUGAACAGUUUAGGGGUUUGGCUACAAAACCUCACGGUUUUUUAUGUUUGAGCCUCAAAACCCGGUUAGAGUUUUGGCGGGAACGGGAGGAGUCACAUGUUGUCAUCACGACGCUUGCGUUGAGGCGAAGCAAUUCGUAAAGAGCACGUGCCGUUGGAUGCACCGAACAAGAGACUUAGACUAUUUUGCU